UUGAGGUUUGACAGCCGCAAAAAAAAUCGUGUCUUGCACGGGAACCGCUUGCUUUCUCCCCGGAAAACAAAAAUUCAGUGAAAUUUCGGUACAAAUUCUGCACUAAAUCGCUUCAAAAUGGACAUCCGCCCGAGCCACACCAUCUACAUCAACAACCUGAACGAGAAGAUCAAGAAGGAAGAGCUGAAAAAGUCGCUUUAUGCGAUCUUCUCCCAGUUCGGUCAGAUUCUCGACAUCGUCGCGCUGAAGACGCUGAAAAUGCGAGGCCAAGCGUUCAUCAUUUUUAAGGAAAUCGCGAGUGCCACCAACGCGAUGCGGACCAUGCAGGGAUUCCCGUUCUACGACAAGCCGAUGCGCAUCAACUACUCCAAGACCGACAGCGACGUGAUCGCCAAAAUGAAGGGCACAUUCAAGGAACGGCCGAAGAAGGCUCGAGCACCCAAGCCGGUCCACCAGGAGGACAAGAAGUCGAAGAAGCAGAAGAAUGCCGAAGCCGGUGCGGCGGCCAGUAAUUCCGCCACGGCCGAACAACCGCCCAACCAGAUUCUCUUCCUGACGAACCUGCCGGAGGAAACCAACGAAAUGAUGCUGUCCAUGUUGUUCAACCAGUUCCCAGGCUUCAAAGAGGUCCGGCUGGUGCCCAACCGGCAUGAUAUCGCGUUCGUUGAGUUUGCCACGGAGUUGCAGAGCGGGGCCGCCCGCGAGGCUCUACAGGGCUUUAAGAUUACGCCGACGCACGCGAUGAAAAUCUCGUUCGCCAAGAAGUAGGAGGGCGGCUUUAGGAUAAGUAUUUCGAUUUUACGUUUAAGAAUGGUAUGUAUGGGUCCGUACAUAAAUCUGAAUUCAAUAAACCAUGAAGCAUUGCACUUCCGCUUUCAUGGUUUGUGGGUGCGGCUGGGCGAUGACUUCUUUUUGGGAAGCUAAA